AUGUCCUAUGAGGUACUCAAUCGUUUACAAGACCUUAACGGGUAUCAACCACUAAACUGCAACCAAGAAAACGUGCUUCUCCCUUUGGUGACUUUUGAGGAAGACGAGAUUCACUUUGAUGAGCAGAUUGCAAGAGAAACUUUCGCGAAUCAAGUUUAUCAUGGAAAAAAGAUUAGUCUCGUGACUGUAAUGGGUCCGUCAAGGAUGGGCAAGAGUUUCUUGAUGUCAUUUUUGACUGGUGGAAUGAAAGGAAACAAAAUUAGUGGUGCUUUUCAAAGCGGCUACGAGCGGUACACAGAGGGAAUUCUGAUCUUCGUCAAUCCGAUGAUCUCGAAAGAUGGAACACACGUGAUUUUCUUUCUGGACACUCAGGGGACAUUCGAUUUGAAAACGGCGAGGAAUAUCUCGGCGUGGAUCGCUGGGUUUAGUCUACUCAUCUCUGAUGUUCAGAUUGUUAAUCUUCGAGGAAAUAUCGGCGGUGAUGAUCUUCAUGAUUUGAAUAUGUUUGUUGAAUCAGCUGCGGCUUUUAAGGAAGGCUCAGUGGCAAAGAGUCUAAUUUUCGUGAUUCGCGAUGCGGCUGAUUGGAAAGAGAGCGAUUUUCUUGAGAAAUUAUGGAAACAAAAUGAGAAGUCGAAAGAAAUGAAAGAAAUCGCUGGGUCGUUGAAACAUCGCUUUAUAAAUGGAAUCGAUUGCGUUUGCGUGGCGCCAGUUUCGGAUCGGAUUCGACGAGCUGAUCGAACGAUUGAGUUACAAGAAGAGGAUCAAACACUGAUCCAAUGCCUUAAACGAGUUCAACAAUUGAUCUUUGAAAAGUGUCAGCUUGAGAGCAAAGCUCAACUACAAGCUCCUAUCGAACUAGCCAAAAAAAUCACGGCUUAUCUCCAAGACGAUGCACCGGAGCUGAGACCAACUGUUCAGGUGAUUCAAGAAGCCACCGUAAUCCAAGCAGUAAACAAAGCAUUUGAUGUCUUUGCGAAAGCAAUCAAGACUUCGACUCCGGAAACUUUGCCGAUAGCUGAAGCUUUAGGGAAAGCUGAAGUUCAUCGAAAAUUGGAAACCCUGUUGCUGAAAAAGGAAAAUCUCAUUGCUGAAGCUCACGCUUUGUUGGAUCCAAAGAUUGAGGAAAUGAUUCUGGAGAAGAAAAACGAGUUUGCUCAACUGAAAAAGGAGAAAGACGAGUUGAAAGCGGCUGAGAAGUCUGCCCAAGAAUUUAGAACGAAAAUUCACAAGAUUUCAACUCUAAAAGAGGCUUUGCACUGGGAAAGGGAUGCAAUUCUUGAGAAAUACGGUAGCAUUACAAUUCCAUCAACGACCAUUAAUUCAAUGAAGGAUACGCUGAAAACAAAAAUUAUCACUCUUAAAUCGCAAUUCAUUCAAACUCGACUCAAUGAGCUGGACAAUGAGCUCCGGGUUUACUUCCUCACGACCAACUUUGGCAAUGUUCCAGAAGAAGAUCAGAUCAAAGUUUACAUUAAAAAAAUGAUUGAAUCUUUCAAAAAGGAGUGCUUUGAAAAUACUAUCGAAAGUGCAGAGUUUUGCAUAAUCGAGGGAAAGAUUCAAAUCACUUUAGAGAAAACGGGUUUGAUUUGCCGGAGCAUGCUUGCCUCAAAGAAAAUCGCAGAGAUGAAAAAAGCUGAGCUUGAAGCUGAAUUGGCUGCCGAGAAACACGAUUCCGCAAAUUAUUCCGAUAUUUCUUCUGAUUCGGAAAAUGAUCUAGAGGAAGAGUAUGAAACUUUGGAUGUUUCGGGAAUGGAAAAGAUAAGACCAAGACUCGAAGCUAACCAAAAGGAAACAGCCUAUGCUAAUGAGGAUCGAGUAGAUGCACGAAGUGCUUCAUUGCCAAUCAACUUGCCACGCCCUGACUCACCAGAAUACGAUGAAAUCUCCGACACAGAGAUCGACCAAUUUGUCUCGAAACCGCUAGAUGAUGACGCUGUCCGCGAGAUGAACUUCAAGUUCGGCGUUUUGAAAGCAAUUCUAGAGGUCAAUGUUCGGCAAUGCGAGAAUGAGAUCAUUCGUCGUACGGAGGACCCGAGAUGGACGGGCGCGCAAAGGCUCAAGCGAAAGGUGUUGCACAGACGUCAAACGAAGCCCACUAAGAAGAAAAUUUGUGCGCAAAGGGUCGGAGAUGUGUUCAACGAGUUGUUGGCUGAGGAGUUUCGAAAUGUGCUCGCGUGUGGCCCAUUGAGCAUUUCAAAAAUCUCGGCACUCAUCGAAUACUCGAAAAGUAAACGCGACUUUUUCUCGAAGACUCUUUGCAAGUAUGACAAAUAUGGGGAAUUGCCUGGACUGCUCGAGAAAGUGCUCGUCAACAACUGGAUCUGUUUCUUUUACGAUAUUCCACACAAAGGCUUUGGCGAGAGGGACACGGUAAACGAGUACGAGCGAGUACGCAGAGAUCUUCCGUUAAAUGUUCCGCAUGGGACCCACCUCACUUUACUUUGCGAUAUAAAAGAGUGGUUCAUCGAAAUGAAAAAUAAGCGAGAACGGGAAGAACGGGAGCGAAGAGAAAAUGAGGAGAAACAACGACAAGCCGAGAUAUUGAAGAGGCUGGAAGUUUUGCCUACGAUUGAAGAUUUGGCUUUGAUGAUUGAUGAUGAGAAAUUGAGACAGGAAACAUUGUUGAUGAUUGAAGAAGAAAUCAUUGAUGACCAGCCAAAGAAAGCUAUGGAAAUUGAGCAAGAUGCGGAAAGAGACGAGUUGUGGAAUAAAAUUCCAACUCUUGGAGAAGUUUCAACGAGUAGAGACGCAUCUCUUGGUCCUUCAACUGUGGUUAUGAGUGCCUCAUUGCCAAUCAACUUGCCACGCCCUGACUCACCAGAAUACGAUGAAAUCUCCGACACAGAGAUCGACCAAUAUGUCUCGAAACCCCUAGAAGAAGACGCUGUCCGCGAGAUGAACUUCAAGUUCGGCGUUUUGAAAGCAAUUCUAGAGGUCAAUGUUCGGCAAUGCGAGAAUGAGCUCAUUCGUCGUACGGAGAACCCGAAAUGGACGGACGCGCAAAAGCUCAAGCGAAAAGUGUUGCACAGAUGGAAAUCAAAUUCGACAAAGAAGAAAAUCUGUGCGGAAAAGGUCGGAGACGUGUUCGACGAGUUGUUGGCUGGGGAGUUUAACAAUGUGCUCGAGUGUGGCUCAUUCAGCAUUGCGAAAAUCUCGGCACUCAUCGAAUGCUCGAAAAGUAAACGCGACUUUUUCUCGAGGACUCUUUGCAAGUAUGACAAAUAUGGGGAAUUGCCUGGACUGCUCGAGAAAGUGCUCGUCAACAACUGGAUCUGUUUCUUUUACGAUAUGCCAAAAAAUGGCUUCGGCGAGUCGGACACGCUGAACGAGUACGAACGAGUGCGCAGAGAUCUUCCGUUAAUUGUUCCGGAUAGGACCCACAUCACUUUACUGAGCCAUAUAAAAGAGUUGUUCAUCAUCAGGAAAAAUGAGCGAAGAGAAAAUGAGGAGAAGAAACGACAAGCCGAGACAUUGAGGAGGCUGGAAGAUCCGAACAAAUCGAGGAAAAUAUUCCCUUUUCCGAAGCUUCUAAGCAUCUGCAAAUCAGCUGGCUCAUAUGGAACGACCUCACAGCAUCAAGAGCAUCCACAAGCGAUAACCUGUCACCAAUCAGGGUCACCAUCGAAUCAAAGAACUGACUCUGGCCAAGGAAUGGAGAAACUCGGAAAUCGAGCCGAGCAAAUGCAGCCUUUUCACCAU